GAUGCACUGCUGGUUAAGCUUGCUGGAUUCGCAGACCGGAUUGUUCCUCGUUCGAUAGUCAACACCUGUUUCAUUUUUCGAUCUCAGUUAGACAGUCUGUUCCGUUCAGUUUCCUUCGUUCAGUGUGUAUCGUACUGAUCGCACAAAUUGUAAGAAACAGUCGUAGCAACGAUACACAGAGUUCGUUCAGUGCCGCGGUACAGUGAUCGCAAGAAGCAUCAAGAGUUCGAACAGCAUCGAUCGUCGAGCUACUUCUGAAAAAAAAAAAUGAACUGUCUAGUAAAUACAUCACGUUUGGUCACCGUGUUUUUCGCGCUCCUUAUCGUUCAAGUGACGACGACGUUAUCGACGUUCAUAGAGAGCAACAGAUUCAACAGGAUCCAGAACAUACCUCCGCAAUGGAGGGUCGUCCCGCCCGUGUAUCAGCCACCGAAGAUCGAGCUUAAUCUCAUAAAGAGUCACGUGUUUAAGAACGACAAAAAUUGGUCGGGCAACAUCCAGUACAUAUUGUCGAGUAACGACAAACAGGAGGAGGACCGAAACAUUGGUAAAGAACAAGGUGGUAAAGGUGAGACUGUGAAGAAUGGUAAAACGACGCCACAUUUUGGACCGAGAAAAAUUAUCAACUUGCCCUGGCUCGAGUGUCCCUACGGCCAGAAGAGAGACUUUCGAGGGCAAUGCAGAGAUAUCGUUGAGAUCCAUUGAAUCGCGGAACAGCUGUGCUUAAUCAGACUGGCGAAGACGCGAUCGCACCUGCAAUUUGUACGUCCAUGAAUGGUUCGUCCAACGCUAUCUUCCUCUUUUGUAAUUUCCUUUUUCUAAAUAAAUCCUCA